AUGUCAGCAUUUCAAAAAAUCCCUCCAGAGGUCCUAACCAAGAUUGUUGAGAUUCUUCGCGAAAGCUAUUCGCCCUUCAAACUUGAUAAAAGUGUAUAUAGCCUUGCAGUAACAUGCAGACGUCUUUACAUAAUAUGCGAACCCCUUCUCUACUCCCGAUUCAGCAACAAAAGCAAAUUCAAAUCCAUUCGCAAAUUGAGCAGAUUUAUUCGAAUGCUCAUAUUGCGACCAGAUCGGUGGUCUGAUUUCAAAUUUAUUUCGAUUAGGUGGGGUUACGGAAUCUCUCGUAUUUCCUUGAGUAGAGAUCAACACAUGGAGCUCGCGGAUGCUCCAUUCUUGAAAACUGCAAUAGAUGGGCUGCCAGACGAGCUUCUCAGGUUACAAAACCGAACAAAUGGCAAUACUGGAGGAGUAGAGACAUAUGUGGCAGAUCUCAUAAAAACGUUCAAACGACUAUUAGACGUGAAUAUUGCUCUGACUUACCCUGAGUUAAUGAUAUCCAUACUCACUAUCCUGAGCCCCUACAUAAAAAAGCUCCAGGUUAAGAUAAGUUCUUCAGAUGCAAAUGCUCCAAAUCGUCAUUGGCGGGCGCAAAUCUUCAGAGUGGUAAGCCCUCUCAAAUUUAUCAAACUUGAAGAACUCCACUACGUUGCUGUAACUUUCCGCGAAUCAAAUCCGAGACGAGUCAUUUACACAAGACUGAAUGCACAAUUGCUCGAUAGCUUAAUGAAAAUACCUAGCCUUAAGAAAUUGAAGGUCGAUGGCUUUGCAUUCCAAUCAGAGUCGCUCUCUCGUGAGGUCACGAACCUGGGAUCAUGUGAGGCAGAAUCUCUAGAUCUCAUGUAUAAUUUCGAAGUCUAUUUCAUGAAUUGGACAAUGUUUUUUUUCCAUAUUCUGGAAGCUAAAGCAUUUCUCAUACGAUGGAAAUUCGAAAGACAUGUUCCGCAACGGAAGGCGUGUUGA